GUAUAUAUAUUGCAUACCAUACUACUAGCCAAGAAUCCGGUAUCGUUAAGCACGAAGAAAGAACCAUAGGCGGAAAUUCCAAACCCCAGCUUCCUUCUUAAAAUUACAGUCUCAACUUUCACCUUCUUCACUCCGAUUCCCAGGCAGCUUCAAAUGGCGGCGGCGGCUUCAGCAACAGCGCCUACCUUCACCGUUGGAACCGCCUACAGAGGAACCUCCCUCCCUCAAUCGAAGCCUCUCGGAGGACUUAGGUUUAACUCGCAGAACCCCCUCAAGAACUUCUGCGGCCUCAAGGCUUCAUCUUCCGUCACAUUGGAGUCCCAAUUAUCGUUCUCCGGCAAAGAAACCGUUUCCGCCCUCCGAGCAUCUUUUGCAUCCAAGGCACAAACCCAAGACAGGACUAUCCACUACAAUCUUCAGCCUCAGGCAUCGUUCAGAGUCGCCGUUCUCGGUGCCGCCGGAGGAAUUGGCCAGCCUCUCGCUCUGCUCAUCAAGAUGUCCCCGCUGGUUUCUGAUUUGCACCUUUAUGAUAUUGCCAAUGUCAAGGGUGUUGCUGCUGACAUCAGUCACUGCAACACGCCUUCGCAGGUCAGGGAUUUCACCGGAGCUGCCGAGUUGGCUAACUGUUUGAAAGGGGUUGAUGUUGUUGUUAUCCCCGCCGGAGUUCCAAGGAAGCCAGGGAUGACUCGCGACGACCUUUUCAACAUCAAUGCCGGCAUUGUUAGGGACUUGGUUUCGGCUGUGGCCGAUAAUUGCCCAGGUGCUUUUAUUCACAUCAUCAGUAAUCCGGUGAACUCCACUGUGCCUAUUGCGGCCGAGGUUCUGAAGCAGAAGGGUGUGUAUGAUCCUAAGAAGCUCUUUGGUGUUACUACCUUGGAUGUUGUCAGGGCAAACACAUUUGUUGCUCAGAGGAAGAACCUGAAGCUGAUUGAUGUUGAUGUCCCUGUUGUUGGGGGCCAUGCUGGGAUUACCAUACUUCCCCUGCUGUCGAAGACAAAGCCCUCUGCGAGUUUCACUGGUGAAGAGAUUGAAGAGUUAACUGUUAGGAUUCAGAAUGCAGGAACAGAAGUUGUUGAAGCAAAGGCUGGUGCCGGAUCUGCUACUCUGUCUAUGGCAUAUGCGGCUGCUAGAUUCGUUGAGUCAUCCCUUCGUGCUCUCGAUGGAGAUGGGGACGUGUAUGAGUGCUCGUUUGUACAAUCAGACCUGACUGAGCUUCCAUUUUUUGCUUCAAGGGUCAAACUCGGCCGGAAAGGAGUUGAGGCUUUGAUUCCAUCUGAUCUCCAAGGGUUGACUGAAUAUGAACAGAAGGCUUUGGAAGCACUUAAGCCGGAACUUAAGGCCAGCAUCGAAAAGGGGAUUGCUUUUGCUCAGAAGCAAACGGUUGCUGCUUAAACCUUCAAUUUAUCAAAGCAUUUAGUCUCUGUUGUCCCUUAGAAUAGAAAAUCAAAAGGUUGUUUCUCAAGGUAUUAUGGGUUUCUUUCUUUGAGCAUAAAUACUUCUUAGAGAAGUUAGGUUGAGGAUUUUAUUGUAGGAUCAUACUGCAUUCAGGACUUGGGAUGCAAAAUUUUCCAUACUAU